GGACACAGAAGCCGGAAGUGAAGCGGUGCGUGGUUGUGAAUCCUCGUCUGGUCCGGUCGGUUCUGGGCUCCCAGGGUCCGGCAGGAGGUCGAGGUUGAAGCUUGGACUCAGUCAUGCGGCCGGACGGUGCGUUCACGGUCCUGCUCCUGAUCAGCUCAGUGACAGCUCUGACUGUUCCGCCUCCGACCGCCGUGACCGUGAGCUGCAGGAAUCUGAGAGUAUUGCUGAACUGGGAGUUCAGCGACCAGCAGCCACCCACCAGCUUCAGAGUGGAAACACAAAGCUCCGAUGGGAUCCUUAAGAAUGAAACCACAGAGCACCAGUAUGAUCUGACUGGGUUCAUCUGGGAGUCUCAGAAUCACUACAUGGGUUUCCACUCAGUGAGAGUAACAGCUCUACAGAGGGGGGGGGAGUCCCAACCGGUCCAGUCUGAGACCUUCACCUUCAACAAGUGGAAGACGGCCGAUAAACACUGUUUGUUGGACUUCCCGCCGGUCGAGGUCGUGGCCGGCGACUCUGGAAACAUCGUCAGCUUCCCGAAUCCCUUCCACUUCUACACAGAACUGAAACAGGACGAGAAGGGAGGGGCCUUAUUUGAACUCAACAUCUCCUCAGAUCAGGGUAACUACUACACCUUCAAGUGCAGGCAGACAGAGAGCGUGUGCAGGUACGACCUCCCGCCCAGCGAGGAUACGUGCGUCCGGGUGGGGGGGUGGCUGGCCGCCGGCGUGGAGAAGGUGGAGUUCAACCAGACCGAGCUCAUCUGCCCCAGUAAAACCAGCGACGCCCACGUCUUCACGUUCGUCUUCCUGCUGAUCGCCCUCGUCCUCAUCAUCAGUGGGUUAACAGUCUCCAUCUACAAAGUGAAAGCCUGGACACUGAAGACACAGCAGGAAUCGGAGGAGACGCAAGCUCUGAACUUCCAGCCAAACAACGAAGACCCACAGUUGUUGAGAGAGGUUGAAGAAGUGUUCAGCCCGGUGAUGGUCAUCGAAUCCAGCAGCUGCUCGGAGGUCAGCUCGGAGGACUGCGGCGCCUGCUUCAUGGAGGAAGGAUGGCUAGAGAGAGGGGAGCUGGAGGAGCCUGAAGACCAGGAGCCUGAAGACCAGGAGCCUGAAGCUGUGGGGAAUUAUGACCACGGCCACGUCCACUUAGAUGUGCGGGUGGACUUAGGGGACGGAGACCUAGCCGAUGCUUACAGAGAGGGAUAGAACAAACUGUCAGAGGUUUGGGACUGAAGUUGGUUUGAUGACUGUUUUAAUAACCAGUGACCCAGGAUGGUCCAAACCAGGCCGAGAGACACCGGAGGACAGCUGGAGGUGGAAGGUGUGUCCCCCCCCCCUUCUUUUUGCACCGUCACCGAACCCUACGUUUUUAACAUGUCAUGUUUACGAGUGUGGCCGGUUUGUCUUGUGGCUGUUUACUGUGGAGAGCACCCACCUGGGGGGGGGGGGGGGACCAGGACUCCAGCUGAUCCGUCAACACGGAGACGAUUAGACAGACGUUGACACAACCCUCAAGCGUGGUUUCAUUUGCCCUAAUUUAAUUCGCGUCUCAGGUUUCGUCUCAGGCAGCAUCGUCCCACAUCUAAAACCUUUUUAUUAUGACACUUAUUGCACACGUGGUGCCUGUGUGUGAGGGGGGGGGGGGGGGGUGUCCAGAGCAAGCUUUUAAAACCUCAUUUUUCUCAGGAGCUAGUUAAAUAAAACUGACAUUAAACCGAGCACCUCACCCAUCCUGGACUUUGAGUUCUGCAGGAGUCAUAAACUCCACAGUGUGACCUGAUCAACAGUCCCUGAAGAUCAUGUGCUUCUCUUUUGUUGAGAACUUUAACGUUCUUAUUGUUUUUAAUAUGUGCAUCAUCGCUUGUUUUUAUGAAUUCAUUGAUCUAAAUUAAUUAAUUUUAAAAUGUGAAAUUUGUUUCGUGGUCUAAUAAAUUUGGUAUCUUUUUUUUAUUAAACACAUUGAUAGAU